CAGAGCCCUGCCAGCAUUAGUUACUUGCCUGCGACAGACCAAUCCAGAACGGUGCCGCUGUCUCAGGAGCAGCAAGUGAGAAAGCUCCGCCCAGCCUGGCCGGAGGAUGGAAUCCCUCCCUGAAGCCAUCCUGAUUCAGAUCCUGGCCUCCAUCCCCGCAGUGGAGCUGGUGCUGGUGUGCCGCCUGGUCUGCUGCCAGUGGAAGAACCUUGUGGAUGGAGCAGCUCUCUGGAUCCUGAAGUGCCAGCAGGAGGGCUUCACCGGGGCAGAGCCUGAAGAGGAGGCCGAGAACUGGCAAACGUUCUACUUCCUGAGGAAGAGGAAGAGGAAUUUAAUCAAGAACCCCUGCGGCGAAGAGGAUUUAGACCACUGGGGGGAAGUGGAGAACGGAGGUGACGGCUGGAAAAUUGAGGACCUGCCGGGAGACUUUGGAAAAGAAUUUCCCAGCGAUGGAGUCCACAAAUACUUCGUCACCUCCUACGAGUGGUGCCGCAAGUCUCAGGUCAUCGACCUCAGGGCUGAGGGUUACUGGGAGGAGCUGCUGGACACAACCCAGCCUAAAAUUGUGGUAAAGGACUGGUACGCGGGUCGCAGCGACGCCGGCUGCCUCUACCAGCUGCACGUGAAGCUGCUGUCGGAGCACGAGGACAUCCUGGCGGAGUACCAGAGCGACACCAUCGCCAUUCCGCAGGACAACGACGCCGACUGGACCGAGCUCUCCCACACCUUCUCCGACUACGGCCCCGGGGCUCGCUUUGUGCGCUUUGAACACGGCGGCCAGGACACGCUCUUCUGGAAGGGAUGGUACGGGGUCCGCAUGACCAACAGCAGCGUGACGGUGGAGCCGUAGCUGAGCCAUGGCCCCUCAAGCCAGACCGGGUCCCAUUCAUCGCAGCUGAUCCCUUGGGUCCUCCAUAGGCUUUGGAUAGUUUCUGCGUGGUGCUGCUUCCAGAGACGAGGCGGGAGCUCCAGGCUGAGAGUAUAUCACGAGAGAGAGAGAGAGAGAGAGAGUGUGUGUGUGUGUGUGUGUGAGAGAGAGAGAGAGACACUGCAUGCAGCUGCCCAUCUUUACUCAUUGGGUUACGCAGAGACUGGGAGUAGCUGCUUUGGGGUCCAUUAAUGCACCAACCCUUAGAAAGCUUUUAAAAAUCUCCGUGCUCUCCUCUGCCCCACUCGCCCAAUGCCCUUUCAGCCAGCCACAGCGUCGCUUUGGAAUGGUGCCAAGGCUGGAGUAGGGGGAAGGAGCGAGCUGGCUAUAAAUAAUUCUAGGACCUUCCCUCUCCUUUUGGCUGACGUCACCUCAGACCCUAAACCUCCCUCCCCAGCAGGCGCAUUGAACAGUGGCUCUCACAGUGCCGCUUACCAGCAUCAGAUACAGUCCACUUUGAGAGGGAUUCAGGCUUCAUCUUUUAGAUGCUUCAAGAGAGCGGCAUGGUCCUAUGGUCUCAACACAGGACCUGGAAGCCCCAAGUCCCAGUUCUGCCACUGAGCCCCUCUGUGGCCUGGGGCAAGUCACUUAGCUUCUCUCCCCAUCUAUAACAACAGUUGCCUACUUCCUGGGGGACAGAGCUCGUCAAAGUUUGCUGUGCUAGGUGACUGGUUUCUUUAUUAUUAAGAAUCAUGCAAAGCAGCAGGGAGAGGAGGGUGCCUUUCGCCUUAGGCUGGGCCCAGGAAGGGAACGUGAAGAUGAAGGUGGAGAGAGACCAGAGGCUGGGCCCAGGUAGGGAACGUGAAGAUGAAGGUGGAGAGAGACCAGGACCUGGGCCCACGCAGAUCAGCUGGAAAUAGUCCAGAUGGGAGAGAGAAAGAGAGUGAACGGAACCAGAUCCAGCUGCCCCAAUGGACUUCUAGACUGGGCUAAAUCCUGACCUCAGGCUUUGGCUUUUUGUAGGCAGGAAAGGGGGCGGUUCUUAGAGAAACCCUCUUCUAAAGAGCAUCUUCUGCCUCAUCCCUUGGGAACCUUGGCCCUCUCUCUGAACCUCCCCGGCGUGCUGUACCCCACGUACCAGGGAAGGGCGUGCACGAGAGCCGCUUCUCGGCUGACACACCAGGGACCUCCAGAGCUACCGUUUGAGCUACAGACCCAAGGCUCCUGGGUGGGGAGGGCUGGAACAGGUUCAUAUCCUCUGCAAAUCAGCCUCUGCCCCACCUCCAUCUCCUCCUGCUCCCCUCCAUCCUCCUCAUCUCCCCACUCUGCUUGCUCCGCUUUUCAUGCUAGCCCCGGUGCCUCCUUCCCAAGUGCCCUCACUCUCCUCCUCUGGGGGAGUUCUCCCGGACUCUCCACUCUGACGCCUCCGGCGUUUCUUGGGCUUGAAGCUCCUGGGGAUUGUAUCUGUGGGAUGUAGCCCAGGCUCUUACAUCACAUGCUAGAGAUAACAGGCGGAAGGGAAGGCUGGGCAAUGCAGGAAGCCACAUGCUACGGAGCCUAAGAACCCACUGCAGCCUCUGAGCUGUGCCCAGGGCCUGCAGCUAGCCCCGUGCUAGUCAGGCUUUUGGAGCCUAGAGAAGCUGCUGCUAAGCAUCACCUGCCCAAGGAUGAUCCCUGACUGUUUACAUGGGGCCUCUGCAAACCACAGAUCCACCUCGAAUGCACAUGCCUAUAUGCCAGAAACACUUACGUGCAUAUUCCUCCUUAAUGCCCCUUGGCGCGGCUUAGGGCUAUGCCCACAACACUGAAAAGAAAGUCCUAAAGUUAGCUGAGCCAAGACUAACACCCCCCUCCCCCACACACACACACCGCCCGGCAACCAACCCUAGUGAAAGAUCCUAGGCAACCCCUUCCCUUAAGCAGGCUGACUGGGUGGCUGUGGAGAGAGAGAGAGUGAGUGACUAUGUGAGUGUCCUCUUUGCCUCUGCUGGGCAGUGCACCCAAUUUAACCCCUUAGCACCAAAUUGUGCCAUUACCCAAUGCAACAUGCUCGUGUUUCUUUUGCAAAAGACAAGAGCAGUGCUUAAUUUGUGACCUCUGGCCUUGGCAGCUCAGAGCCCAGAGGUGCCGGCGCAGCUCAGAGCCCCGGCACUUCCGGCCUUGCUGCGUCAGUUAUGGAAGUAAAACAAUUGCUUGAGUCCCGGCCCCUCUUGCAUUACAAACAAAGCCCUGGGCAAGCAUUUCUGAGCCACCACCGCGUGUGUCGGGCUCUCUGCGAGUCGCUGCACGUGGACACAUGGGCCCCUCUUGAAUUCUAAGCCACUGUCCAAGCCGGAGGGUCUCUCUGACCGAAGACCACAAAUAAAAGCACUGUGUGUACAA